GGGAUACAUCAAAGCACUGGAAGAGUCAGCAGAAUUGCUCUUCCUCUCUCACCUUGUCAGAGGAGGAACAGCCCUUGUGCUGUAUUCCCGGGCUGAUCACCAACAGGCGCCCACAACUGCUUAUAAUCAUCUACUGGCCUUUCUACUCAACAUCAAAGCACAAGCAUGUUUAGUGUCUCUUCGACCCUCCGUGUUCCAGUCUGGGCAAGGCAACCGACCCCAUCCCGCAAAUCUCUUUUCUCCCGGACGCACCUCUCUCUGGUAGUGCUGCUAACCACCCUCGUCCUCCUCGCACACCUCUAUCUCUCCCACCACGCAAGACACAUCGUACUCACCCCUUCGCCCAUUCCCAGGCGGCCGGCAUUCGAAGGCUGCGCACCGACGUCCAUCGAACUCGCCCCGCGAGCAAACGGGGCUAUCCUCCUCCUUGUCCGGGAAGGUGACCUUCCAGCUCUUCUCCCCACGUUGCGAAACUUCGAGCAUCGGUUCAACGCUCGCUUCAAGUAUCCGUACGUGUUCCUCUCAGCCCCGGACGAGCCCCCUUUCUCCCCCCAUUUCCGGGCUAGCAUAGCGGACGCUGUCCAUCCGGGAGCGUUGCUAGAGUUCGGCCAAGUACCGGAAGAACACUGGAGAAUCCCUGAGUGGCUGGACGAGGACGAGAUACGUGCUGGGUUCCUCCGACAAGCGGGGGAGGGGGUGCAGUAUGGCGGUAGGGAGGGGUAUCAUCACAUGUGCCGCUUCUACUCUGGCCUGUUUGCGAGGCACGAGCUGCUCCAGAAGUAUGAGUGGUACUGGAGACUAGAGCCUGGUGUCCGGUUCUACUGUUCGGUGACUUACGACCCCUUCCGGUUCCUGGCACAACGUAACCAGACGUACGGGUUCGUGAUCACACUCAUAGACGACCUCAACACCAUUCCCUCGCUGUACAAGACCGUGAAGCAGUAUGUGCAAGAAGCGGGGCUCACACCAACCGACAUGUGGGACUUCUUCACAAGGGACAAGAAUGGCGCUAGUGGGUACAAUCGCUGCCACUUCUGGACCAAUUUCGAGAUUGGUCAUCUCCCCUUCUUCCGUUCCCAACCCUAUCAACAACUCUUCACGGCGCUUGACCGCUCCGGCGGAUUCUACACCGAACGAUGGGGCGACGCGCCUAUCCGGACGAUCGCCUUAGGCUUGCUGGAGGGCACGGAUAAGGUGCAUUAUUUUGAGGAUUUUGCAUAUAGGCAUGAUUGGUUCAUGCAUUGCCCGGAAAGGAAGGAGAUGGGAUGCGACUGCGACUGCCCAGCAUUCGACACUGACCAUGUGGAUAUCGACGGCCAAUCCUGGGGCUCCUGCGUUCCAGAAUGGAAAGACAUAUCAAGCGUGCAAUGGCGGGAGAAACAUCCGCUCCCUCUUCCUCAUACCUCUCCCGAUUCUGCUUCGUUUUCGUUUCCAUCUAGUAGGAAGGGGGAUUGGGAGGAGACGAACGUGCCUGUAUGA